UCCGUAAUUUUGAGAAGAUUUUUUUUUAGUAAUUUUUUAUUCUGCCCCAGCUGAUGUUUGAGCCAGCAUGUCGCGGAGGAAGCAAGCGAAGCCUCAACAUUUCCAAUCCGACCCCGAAGUGGCCUCGCUCCCCCGGCGAGAUGCCUUCGGAGAUGACCACACACCAUUUGUACAACAGAAGUUGGUGUUCCCCAUGCUGGGCAAACAAUAAGGCUCCAUCCUGUCUUUGAAUAGGAUGUUAGCUUGCCGUUGGAGAUUUUUAUGUUUAAUUUACAAAUGGAUCUUAGUGAGAAGAAAUCUGAGCAACCAGUGGAAACAAACAUGAAAUAAAGGGAUUUUUAUAAUGAAAGGUUCAGGACAAUCUGUUAAACAAUUGAUAACACCGAAUAGCCAACUGUUUUUAAAGGCAUUCAGACAAGGAGAAUGGCACAGCAUUUGCAAACUCGAAACCAAGAAUUAUUUCCUCCCUUCCCCUUUACUGCACAUCCUUCUAUAAGUUGAUGUUGAAUCAGAAAUGUAAAUCUUCUGCCAGUUUUUUAUAGAUACGGAGAGCACUCUUGAUGAAAUAUUUAGAGGCGUAACGUUGCCAUUUGGAGCACAAUGGCAUAUAUAAGUUGAACGGUGGAGUGGUAGCCAGGGUUGCAUUCUUUAAUUUUAAAAAUAAACAUGCCACGGGGUGAUAUAUAGGUGCCAGGCAGGCCUUGUAACGGAUUAUGAUCACUGUGUUUCUCUUUGUUGUGUCUGUGUGUGUGUGCGCGCGCGCGCGCGUGUGUGCGCGUGCGUGCGCGCUGCUUUCUUGUUUGUAUUCAACUGAGUCUUGAGCAGCCUGGAGGAUUUGUUACUGGUGUGGCUAAAGCGUGUUUGUCACGGGUAGGCCUCGGCUCAGGUUCUAGGUAGGGGCUGGAGGUGAUUUUUAAGUUGUCAGUCCUCAGCUUGGUGAUCCGCAUUUCUCUCCCGUCCCUUGUCAACAACUGAUUGGAAUCUGAAUGACUACAAAUUAGUUUAGUGACAGAACAAACUGUCACAGAUAUCUCUGAAUCAGUUGAAAAUGAAUAAGGUUGACAGAAACUCAAGAGCCUAAUAAGUCCUCAGAAUGGUUGCUGGACCCUCUCUGGAUGAGUAGACAAUAAGGUGUAUAAAAUAUUGGAAAUCAAUAGUGGCCUAUGGAAUUGCAUUAUGCACUGAUGUCUUCAGUUCGCAGUAUUUUAUAUUUUGAUGGAUUAUCUGAAGACCGUGGCUAUCUGAGAUGCCGGAUGGAUAGGGAUUCCUCCACACCCCUAAGAUUUAAUUAUGAACGUUCUUGGGUAGUCUCGACUGCUUUUCCAGGGGCGAGAGUGUUGAGUUUGGAAGACAGAAAACAGUGGAUCAACCUCCCUCUUGUUGCGAAGGCGCGGGUGACCCUGUGUGGCCCGGCCCCCUUUCUAACCCUGCCCCUUUUGAUGUUUGCAGGAGACGCAGAGAAAGGUCAACCAAAUCGCAUCACCAAGAGCAAGGACGCCCACGUGUGUGGCCGGUGCUGUGCCGAGUUCUUUGAGUUAUCGGAUCUUCUCCUCCACAAGAAGAACUGCACUAAAAAUCAAUUAGUUCUCAUCGUCAAUGAGAGCCCGGCCACCCCGCCCGACACCUUCACUCCCAGUCCCCCUCCCGAUAACCCCGACGAACAAAUGAAUGACACCGUGAACAAAACGGAUCAGGCCGACGGCGGCGACCUUCCGGAACACGGCGGACGCGACAGGGAAGAGUCCAUGGAGGUGGAGGCCCCGGUGGCAGCUAACAGAGGUGGCGGUGGCGCCCUGGGAGGGGGCGGGAGCGGGGUCACCCCAGGCUGCAGCGGCGGCCCCUCCACAGGUACCUCAGCGAUCACAACCUCUCUACCUCAACUCGGGGACCUGACGACACUGGGCAACUUCUCCGUGAUCAACAGCAACGUCAUCAUCGAGAACCUGCAGAGCACCAAGGUGGCGGUGGCCCAGUUCUCGCAGGAGGCGAGGUGCGGCGGGGCCUCCGGAGGCAAGCCGGCCGUCCCGGCCCUCAUGGAGCAGCUCCUCGCCCUGCAGCAACAGCAGAUCCACCAGCUGCAACUGAUCGAGCAGAUCCGUCACCAAAUACUGCUGUUGGCUUCUCAGAACGCAGACUUGCCAACAUCUUCGAGUCCUUCUCAAGGUACUUUACGAACAUCUGCCAACCCCUUGUCCACACUAAGCUCCCAUUUAUCUCAGCAGCUGGCGGCGGCAGCUGGAUUGGCACAGAGCCUCGCCAGCCAGUCUGCCAACAUCAGCGGUGUGAAACAGCUGCCCCCCCUCCAGCUACCUCAGAGCACUUCUGGCCACACCCUCCCACCCAACAGCGGCUCUUCCCCCAGCAUUAACAUCUUGGCGGCAGCGGCGACCACCCCGUCCUCGGAAAAAGCGGCUUCGGGCGCCGGCGCCUCCCACGCCAGCCACCCCGCAGCCUCGGCAUCGUCGUCGCCAGCUUUUGCAAUAAGCAGUUUGUUAAAUCCUGCGUCCAGUGCACUUCUACCUCAGCCGGCCCCCGCUAACUCGGUUUUCCCCAGCCCUUUGCCCAACAUCGGAACGACUGCGGAGGACUUAAACCCCUUGUCCGCCUUGGCCCAGCAAAGAAAAAGCAAGCCACCAAAUGUCACCGCCUUCGAAGCGAAAAGCGCUUCGGAUGAGGCGUUCUUCAAACACAAGUGCAGGUUCUGCGCGAAGGUCUUCGGGAGCGACAGUGCCUUGCAGAUCCACCUGCGCUCCCACACCGGCGAGAGGCCGUUCAAGUGCAACAUCUGUGGGAACAGGUUCUCCACCAAGGGGAACCUCAAAGUCCACUUCCAGCGCCACAGAGAGAAAUACCCUCAUAUCCAGAUGAACCCCUAUCCCGUGCCUGAGCAUCUGGACAGUAUCCCCACGAGCACCGGCAUCCCGUACGGCAUGUCCGUCCCUCCGGAGAAGCCGGUCACCAGCUGGCUAGACACCAAGCCGGUCCUGCCCACUCUGACCACUUCGGUCGGCCUGCCGUUGCCCCCGACCCUCCCGAGCCUCGCACCCUUCAUCAAGACCGAAGAGCCAGCCCCGAUCCCCAUCGGCCAUUCUGCCAGCAGCCCCCCGGGCUCAGUCCAAAGCGACUCCGGGGCCCCCGAGGCGGCCCCGCGAAACCCGGGCGGGCUCGCAGAGGAGGCCGAAGGGCCCCCCGCGCUACCCUCCGGUGGCAAAAGUGAGGACGGCACCGUGGCCCCCAGCUCCGCCCCGGCAGCCAGCGGCAGCUCUCUGAGCUCCCCGGCGGUGGCGACGGCCGACGGUGGCCCCGGGAGGGCCACCGCUUUCACCAACCCCUUGUUGCCGCUCAUGUCUGAGCAGUUCAAGGCCAAGUUUCCUUUCGGGGGGCUCUUGGACUCGGCCCAGGCAUCAGAGACCUCCAAGCUUCAGCAGUUGGUAGAGAACAUUGACAAGAAGGCCACUGACCCCAACGAGUGUAUCAUCUGCCACCGGGUCCUCAGCUGUCAGAGCGCCCUAAAGAUGCAUUACCGGACGCACACCGGGGAGAGGCCCUUUAAGUGUAAGAUCUGCGGCCGGGCGUUCACCACGAAGGGGAACCUCAAAACCCACUAUAGCGUCCACCGUGCUAUGCCCCCGCUCAGAGUCCAGCAUUCCUGCCCCAUCUGCCAGAAGAAGUUCACGAACGCCGUGGUCCUGCAGCAGCACAUCCGGAUGCACAUGGGAGGUCAGAUCCCCAACACCCCAGUCCCCGACAGCUACCCCGAGUCCAUGGAGUCCGACACGGGCUCGUUUGACGAGAAGAAUUUCGAUGACCCGGACACCUUCUCCGACGAAAACAUGGAGGACUGUCCUGAGGGCAGCAUCCCCGAUACGCCCAAGUCCGCGGACGCGUCCCAGGACAGCUUAUCUUCUUCGCCUUUGCCCCUAGAGAUGUCAAGCAUCGCUGCUUUGGAAAAUCAGAUGAAGAUGAUCAGCGCCGGCCUGGCGGAGCAGCUGCAGGCCAGCCUGAAGUCCGUGGAGAACGGCUCCGUCGAGGGGGACGUCCUGACCAACGAUUCGUCCUCGGUGGGCGGCGACAUGGAGAGCCAGAGUGCGGGCAGCCCGGCCAUCUCAGAGUCUACCUCUUCCAUGCAGGCUCUGUCCCCGUCCAACAGCACCCAGGAGCUCCGCAAGUCCCCCGGCGCGGAGGAGAAGCCCCAGAGGGCAGUCCCGAGCGAGUUCGCCAACGGCCCGUCCCCCACCCCGGUGAACGGUGGGGCUCUGGAUUUGACGUCCAGCCACGCAGAGAAAAUCAUCAAGGAAGAUUCUUUGGGGAUCCUCUUCCCUUUCAGAGACCGGGGUAAAUUUAAAAAUACUGCUUGCGACAUUUGUGGCAAAACCUUUGCUUGUCAGAGUGCCUUGGACAUUCACUACAGAAGUCAUACCAAAGAGAGACCAUUUAUUUGCACGGUUUGCAAUCGCGGCUUUUCCACAAAGGGUAAUUUGAAGCAGCACAUGUUGACACAUCAGAUGCGGGACCUACCAUCACAGCUCUUUGAGCCCAGCCCCAACCUCGGCCCCAAUCAGAACUCGGCGGCGAUCCCCGCCAGCUCGUUGUCAUCUCUCAUCAAGACAGAGGUCAACGGCUUCGUGCACGUCACGCCUCAGGACAGCAAGGACACCUCCACCGGUCACGUCCCCUCUGGGCCUCUGUCCUCCUCUGCCACGUCCCCAGUUCUGCUCCCGGCUCUGCCCAGGAGAACCCCCAAACAGCAUUACUGUAACACGUGUGGCAAGACCUUCUCCUCGUCGAGUGCCCUGCAGAUUCACGAGCGAACUCACACUGGAGAGAAACCCUUUGCUUGCACUAUUUGUGGGAGAGCUUUCACGACAAAAGGCAAUCUGAAGGUACACAUGGGCACUCACAUGUGGAAUAGCACGCCUGCACGACGGGGUCGGCGGCUCUCUGUGGAUGGCCCCAUGACAUUUCUAGGAGGCAAUCCUGUCAAGUUCCCAGAAAUGUUCCAGAAGGAUUUGGCGGCAAGGUCAGGCAGCGGGGAUCCUUCCAGCUUCUGGAAUCAGUAUGCAGCGGCACUCUCCAACGGGCUGGCGAUGAAGGCCAAUGAGAUCUCCGUCAUUCAGAAUGGCGGCAUCCCUCCAAUUCCUGGAAGCCUCGGCAGCGGGAGCAGCUCACCUAUUAGUGGGCUGACGGGAAAUCUGGAGAAGCUCCAGAACUCAGAGCCCAGCGCUCCGCUGGCCGGCCUGGAGAAGAUGGCCAGCAGUGAGAACGGAACCAACUUCCGUUUCACCCGCUUCGUGGAGGACAGCAAAGAGAUUGUCACAAGUUAAAGCAACCCUGGCUGGAGAAAUAACAACCCCCUUCCAGAAGGAGACCCCCUGUUGCCUCCUCCCCUCCCCCACCCCUUCCCUCCUGGCUCCCCCAGAUCUAUGAACUACAACAUGAUGAAGACAUUCUUUUGUACUUUGCUCAACUUCUAGAGUUAUAAGAAAGCUUAUUUAUUAGUGCUAUAACCUUGCUUUGCAAACAGAAUGCAAGCGUUAACUUUGGUCUUCUGUAUUUUGGACUAAAUACUAAUUGACUAGAGCGCUGUAACAUUUAUGGCAAUCACAAGUUGCCCUGCUAGGCGGUCUUAAUCUGGCAUUAACUUAUUUUCUAUAUCCGGUUUAAUAUGAAUCUGGUGUUAAUGCAAUGCCUCAGUGAUGCAUUAGGUCUCUAAUAAAGUCUGUAUAUAAAUGUACACUUUGA